CUGCGCCAUGAUGCUCACUCGCCUCUGUUCUCUCUCUCUCAGCUACGGCCCUCGCAUCAUCGUCAUCGCCCUCCUCCACCACCAUUACUUCUAAUGCCCGGGUCCCGCGCGUUGCGUUGCUUCUUGACUUUUCUGUUUCUUUGAAUCAUUCACUAUUGUUCCUCAGUGUUUUUGCUCUCUGCAAACGGCGUCACUCGCUUCGCAAUACUCCCUGUUUAUUAGGUGGCUCUAUACAGACCGAUUCUAUCACUACCGGCGUCCCGUCUCGCUUAAUCCACCAGCCCUCGACGCCUCGACGCCUCGACCCGGUCCCUCCCCAACCACUUAUCCCUAGACGCUUGGUACAAAGAGACACUCUUUUAAUUGUGACUGGAAGCGAAAGGUCCUUUGCCUCGUUUCUCCUGCAAGCAAUAGAAUAGUUCCUGGCAAGGACAGAAAAACGCAAGAAUGAAAUCCUCAGUUGCGGUGGUGGCCGCUACUGCGUUGGCUGCCCCUCUUGUCUCGGCCCUCCACCUCGCUCCUCGCUCUUCGUCAAGUCCGCCCCGAACCAUCGGCCUGCCCAUUGAGCGAAGACAUGUUCCCGACAUCCUCGCCCAUGAAAGGUCCCGCAUGAGAAAACGACAGACGCAACAAACGGUCUCACAGACUCUUGACAAUGAACAAUCCCUCUACUACGCCAACAUCACGCUAGGGACCCCGGCCCAGUCCCUACGCCUGCACAUCGACACGGGCAGCUCGGAUUUGUGGGUCAACAUUGCUAGCUCUUCUUUUUGCGAAUCGGGCCAAGAUGCCUGCGAGGGAGGUACCUACGAUUCCUCGGCCUCGUCUACGUACAAACUCGUCAAUGACCAAUUCAACAUCUCCUACGUCGACGGCACAGGAGCUGUAGGCGACUACGUGGCCGAUACCUUGCAAUUUGGCGGCGUGAGCCUGACAGAUUUUCAGUUUGGUAUUGGCGAGAGUUCCUCUUCCCAACAAGGUGUUCUGGGUAUUGGUUACAUGACAAAUGAGGUUCAAGUUCAGCGUGCGGGAAUGGAUGCCUAUCCGAACCUGCCCGAAGCCCUGGUCAAAGCGGGCCACAUUGCCUCCAAUGCGUACAGCCUCUGGCUCAACGACCUGGACUCUUCAACAGGAGAGAUCCUCUUUGGCGGCGUCAACACCGAGAAGUAUGAAGGAGAACUUGCUACCAUCCCCAUCAUCCCCAGCAAUGGCGUCUAUUUCCAACUUGCCAUUGCCCUGACUGGCUUGGUAAGCUCGGGCAGCGACCUCUCCUCCUCUUCCUCCUUACCCGCUGCCGUCCUCCUCGACUCCGGCGCCACCCUCACCUACCUGCCCAACGACAUCACCCAGGACAUCUACAACCAAGUCCAGGCUGUGUAUCAAACCGACGUCGGCGCUGCCUACGCUCCCUGCAGUCUAUCCUCGUCUUCUGCCACAAUCGACUUCACGUUCUCCGGCCAAACCAUUCGUGUCCCAUACAAUGAGCUAUUCCUCGAUGCAGGCACCAACAACUUUGGCCAGCCCAUAACCUUCGAGAACGGCGAGGAGGCCUGCUUGUUCGGUAUUGCGCCAACGCAAGGCUCAAUGGCUGUCCUCGGGGAUACCUUUUUGAGGAGUGCCUACGUGGUCUACGAUUUGGCCAACAAUGAGAUCUCUCUCGCGCAAACAGUCUUCAACUCGACGGGCAGCAACGUGCAAGAAAUUACCACCGGCGAAAAAGCCGUGCCCAACGCAACCCCGGUUUCUAACCCCGUCACGGACGUGUCUGCGGGCACCGGGGGAGCAAGGCUAGGCGCUGCCACUUCCAGCUCUCCCUUGGGAGAUACCAACUCCGGCUCCCUGGACAAGGGUAGCGCACGCCCAAUGGCUGCCAUGGUAGCCGCUGUGGUAGCUAUUGCCGCACUUGUCGUAUGAGGCGAUCUUUCUCUCCCUUCCUCUCUACUUCAUUUUGUGGACUGGUCUGUUGCGGAUCAGAUGGCCACGGACCAAACGAAAGAUUUUUAAUGAUGCAAGCCCUUGUAUAUAUAUAUAUAUAUAUAUAUACCUUGGUCCAUACAUAUGGAGAGGGGGCGCAAGUCACGUCAUGUCAUGUCACUGCAUUUUUGAUGAAUUGAAGUUGGGAUAACGAGGACGAACAUGAGCAUGACUCUCGGUUAACGGCAGGGAGGGGUGCGUUUCCACCGGGCGACACAUGCCCGGACUAUUGCAUUGCGUGGGGUGUUUUUGGAUAUACUCAUGACAUUUGGGCAUUUGCCGGCGUUUGUUUUUGGGAAAAGGAAGCGGAAACGACUUUACGAUGUCUCGCAUAUAGAUGUGAACGCAGCAAAGCAUUGGGAACAGGCAAGCGGGAGUCUAAAAGUCCCGCUCUAGGUUAGUCUGCUGGUCGGUAGUUGGACCGGUCGCAGGAAGCCUCGGACGACCUAGAUAUAUCUAUACCUACGUACCUAGAAGUACAAAAGUAUCACUAUUACCAUUAUUAGUAUUAUCACACAAUGCAGAAGCUGGAAGGCCGG